GACAGUCCCAGCCCCGUGAGCUGUGCGUGCGCCCCCGGGGAGGGCAGAGGGCGGGACUGCGGGAGUUCGGAGCCUUCACCUCCCUCCCACAGAGGCUCAAUUGGAUCCUGUUCGCCUUUGGACUCCCUUCGUAGGUGGCGCUCUUGGCACUCAGCCCUGGCCCAUGCUCCUCUGCACGGCUGUGGCGUAUGCAGCUUUUGUGGCAGGGCCACAGCAGGGGCAAGAGCAGAGACUGCGGGGCCCAUGGCCAACCGCAGCGUGAGGGUGGUGGGGCUGGCGGCCACGGCGGCCGCGAUGAUAGGAGGGGUGAUCUACGCCGUGUGGAGCUACGUGUCCUCCCCGCGCCCCACGGCCGAGCCAGAGUUGCCCCGACCACAUCUGGGGGAGCCGCGGGCUGCUUCUCCGCAAAUGAGGAGGGAGAAGAAAGAAAUGCUUGUAGUGGAGGAAAAAGAGGGUGAGAGCAGCACCUCGGCUGUACCAUCCCAGAAGCAGUCACAGGAGAAAGCACAAAAUAAGCAAGUCCUAGUGCUGGGUCUGGAUGGAGCAGGAAAGACCAGUGUCCUCCAUACCUUAGCUACAAAUAAAGCCCAGCAUAGCAUUGCUUCCACCCAGGGCUUCAAUGCAGUGUGCAUCAACAAUGGAGACGUGCAGAUGGAGUUCCUAGAGAUUGGAGGCAGUGAGCCUUUCCGUUCUUAUUGGAAGAUGUAUCUCUCCAAGGUGUUGGUGUUGAUUUUUGUGGUGGACUCAGCAGAUCACGCACGUUUACCUGAUGCCAAAGAACAGCUUCAUCAGCUGAUCCAAAAAGGUCCAGCCCUUCCUCUAGUUGUUUUUGCAAAUAAACAGGAUCUUGAAGAUGCAUAUAGUAUCACAGAUAUUCAUGAGGCUUUGGGAUUGUCUGAGAUUGGAGAUGAUAGAAAGUUGUUCCUGUUUGGAACCCACGUAACCAAGAAUGACACAGAUAUCCCCUCCAGUAUGCAGGAUGCACGAGAACUGAUAGCCCAGCUGGUUUCAGAAGCUCAGUGAGUACCCUCCAGUGUCUGUCAGCCCUUAUAACCAGAGAAUGUUAUGUUGCAAGCUUGAAGCCAAAAAGGUUUUUACUUUUAAACAGAACACAAACUUUAAUCUCUUUUCUUCACAGCACAUGGAACUUAGAUGACUGAAAUGUUAAUUUAUUUAAAACAUCUAUUUUAAAUGAGAUACUAACAUAUUUAAUAUAUACUUAUGUUUUUGAAACUGUGUUUUUAGAAGCCUUGAGUUUUUGUUCAGCAGAAUUAAAAUACACACUAAAAAUAUGAAUUUUCUUCCCAGUUGGGAAACACUUCAAGAAUCUAUAAUUUUGUGACUGUCUAACUUAGAAGAUUGUCUUUAAUUGUUGCCAUGGCCAAAAAAUGAAUCACCAACCUGGUGAUGAGUUCCUUUUGUGUUGGGCUGGGUCACUGAGUUUGUUAUCGGAGCUGUACUUGAAGCUUUUCCAGCUGAUUAGGAUUUGUCUGACUUUGCCAUCUCUUGGAAGAACCUUCAAGAACCCAAGGUCACCUCCAUGCCAUGAUGGGGCAUCAUAAUAAGACUUUAGUGAAAGCUUUAGGAAAUAUAUCAUAAUUUUGAAAAUCAGAAUAAUUCAUUAAGAGAAGACAGUGCCAAGCAAACUGAAAUAGAAAAAUAAAUGGAAAUUUUUAAAAAUGUAUUUUAUUUUUUCAAUUAGCAAGCAUUUUUCUCUUUC